CCUCUGUCAGUAAUUUGAUUCAUUAUCAGGUUAUUGAUAAUCAGUCAUUUGCUGUCAGUUGUAGUGUCAGGUAGCAACGAACAGCGGAGCCCUAAAUGUUCGAUAACUGUUUACGUUACUCCCGUUCCCGUUCCAGUGUUUGUCAAUAGAUUGUUCUUCUACAGAAAUGCAGCCAGUUUUCUGGUGUUUAAUCGAACAAAAGUGCGCGAUUGCAUCCCCGAAGUGAGGAACUUUGCGUGUAAAGAAGCCCCCCAAUGAAUAGAAAGCAUGUGAAUUGCGACAUGGACUCCGGUUUGGGCAGCGAUGAGGAUCGGCGCGGUUCUCGGACGAAAGAGGAGAAACAACUCCACAAUCAACAGCUUUUGAGUGGGUGUUUUAUUGAUGCGGCCUCACUGUCCGAUGAAGCCGAAGUGGUGGAUCAGAGGCGAAACGAUGAGAGACGACAAGGGGCCCUGGUGUUCCAGUCCUCCAUUCCUCAGUUUUCCAUGCUUCAGAUGUCGAGCUAUGCAGGAGGCGAUGAAGUGGCUUCGAGCAGGAGUUCGGCCUGUUUCCCGGACACCUCCACCCCUUACAACUCCAUUGUGCAGCUGGACACUGCUGAUGAUAUGGAUCGCAGCAAGAACAAGUCACCUCUGGGGUUCUACGUGGAUUUGAGCCAAGUGCCUGAAACACCUCACACGCCUCCAUCCACGUCCUCCAAGAAGAACAUAUUUUCAAUGGUGAUCGACUUCGAAGGACCGAAAAAGGACAAGCCGAUCAAACUGACUUCCUCCUAUAACGCCUACAAGAAGCCCAGGCCCAAACCGAGUCAGUUGAGCAGAUGCAACGGCAGUCUUUCUUCCAGUGUCAGUUCGGUAAACUCCACUUGCAUGGCCAGCACAAGCCGACAAGGUGAGGAACAUGAGGCAGGCACCAGUGGAGCAAGCAGCCUCACCGUUUUAAGUGCGUCGCUGGUGAGGAAUCUUUCGGUGUCCACCAAGUCGUCCAGUGAUGAGUCGAGUGAUAAGAACAUUGUGGAGAAGAGCGAAGAUGAACCUCUAGGUGAAUCUUUGCUGAUGUCUCUUUGUGAUGAUGGUGAUGAGGUUGUUGAAGAAGUUUCGGUUGCGGCUAGUGAAGCACCGAACGUUCAGGAUGGUCCAAGUGGCAAGGAAGUGAGUGAUGAAGUUCAAUCAGCGGUCAACGUUCGAGAAGUCGAAGUCCAGCCUAAUGAGCAGACAGUGGCGUGUCCGCAGUUUGUGAAACUGUCCGACAUGGAGUGCCAAAAACCACGAGUCGACCUGAGUUUCACUCCCAAAAUGAGUCGCUCCAUACCGGAAAGCCAUUGGGUGGAAAGUCCCUUUCUGAUGUCGCGUUCGACCUGCUAUCGCAGUGCUCCGCAUCCCAUCGAUCCUGAGCCGCUCAUUUCUGAGUGCGGUUCGGACUCUGAGAGUGCCAUCACCAACACUAGUAUUUCCCAGCCAAAAAAGGCGGUCCGUCGACUAGGCACCGAUUUGCUGCGAAUGUUCCUGGAAGAAAUCAAUCCCGAUGUCGUUGUGAAAGUGGACAGUCACAAGCUGAAGGCCCACAAGUGCAUUUUGGCCUCACGCUGUCAAUACUUUGCCGCUAUGCUUAGCGGCAAUUGGCUGGAAAAGUCCGGCAACGUCAUUUCGCUGCCGGGCUUCUCCUACGAAUCGGUGUAUUUCUCGUUGUGCCAUAUCUAUAGCGGAGCCGCCCAUGUGCCAGAUUCCAUCAGUUUGGUCGAGCUGGCCUCUUUGGCCGAUAUGUUGGGCCUCGAGGGUCUGAAAGAAGUCGUCGAACACGCUCUGAAGCAGAGGCAUUGCCACAAUUUCCACCGGCCUUGUGCAGGCUGUUGCACGGGUGUUUUGGAAGUGCUCCCUUUAUCGGCCGCCUAUGGCUUGGACGAUCUGUACCAGAAAUGCCUGCAAUGGAUAACGCAGCAUUUCGUUCGGGUCUGGCCCAGCAGGGCAUUCGCCAGUUUGCCUAGGGAGCUGCGGGAAAAGUGCUAUCAGCAGCAUGUGGUUCAUAUGUCGCCAGACAAGGUGUUGGAAACAAUGUCGUCCUGCAAUAAAGUGCUGGCAACUUUGCCGGCAAUGCGAUGGGCAGAGCCGAUCAACCACUUGGUUGUGCAGCUAUCAGAUGCCUGCCAUCUCUACCAUAGGCAACAUUUUGCGGCUGUUUUGGGAUCAGCGGCGUUCCACGCGCUGGACUCCGGCCUAGGAUUCGGCGUUUGCGAAGUGGAAGAUCAAAUGCUCAACGCCGCUAAGAAUCUGGGGGUGGAGCAGGCUUGCAGGAGUUACGCGCGAUGCUGCAAAAUGCUGGACGCCCACUGGAGCCGCCCGUUUGCCGACCUGCUGAACAAAAUCAAAAUUCAAUUGGAGCAAUGCUUGGUCAAUCAGGCGGACAGGCUGAUCCGGAGCAAUGCGUGGCUGCGAUUGGAUACGGUGUUAAGAACGCGCAUCAAGGAGCUGACCCCUUCGAUUGAGGCGCAGAGUCGGCUGCCUCGCGCCAAUCCGCUGCGCAAUAAGAAGCCGCCGAUUUCGGGGAAAAAUGCUUCCCAGAGCCCACUGGUUUCCUCUUCGGAUUCGUCUAGAAAUUCCAGUCCGGGCGUCAACCAGGCCAGGCUGCAAGGCGGCAGCCCGUCGUUGAGGAGGAGCUUAUUGCUGGCCGCCAAAGCGCCACAGGUUCCUCCUAGUCCAUCGGCGAACCGUCGCAGCACCUUGACUCAGCCAACUGCAGCCAGCCAGGCCAGAUCAGUGGGUUCUGCGCCUCGGCAGCUUAAAAACAUGGUACCAGUGUCCAACAGGCCUCCGCCUAGGACUGCUGCCAAUGCAAAUAUCAGACCAUCAUCGAGUGGAACUAGACGGCCAAUCGCGUCAAUUAAUAGCAACGAAAGGCCGAAUUCGUCUCCCGGUUUAAUGGGCAGUAGUGGGUCGAGCCAGAGAACCGUCCUUAAUUCAAAGAAUAGCUCGACCACAGUGUCUAGAAAUUCUAGUAAGGGCAAAAGUGACGCUCCCAGCACUUUGCGAACGAGGAAAACUGAUGUGCGAAGUAGUUCUCCCUUGAAACCUGAUAGCAGAGCCAGUUCGCCGCGAAAGCUGGAUAGUAGAGUAACUUCUCCAUUAAAAUCAAACAUUCGCAGUCCAUCGCCGAAGUUGAAAGCGGAUCUGAAGCCGCAGCAAUCAGCGAGAAAAUUAAAGGCCGAUGAAGCGCCGAAACCGGUGCCGCCGGUACCUCAACCUUCUAUGCAAAGAUCGAGCACAUUCCUUAAGGACGAGCCCACUAUUUUAGGUAAGGUAAUCUAAUCGACCAUCAAACAUUCCUGAGUUUAUCGUGUUAAUUAGUCGACAUUCUAAACCCCCCUAAGUUAAGUUUAAACGACACUAUUGCUUCAACUGCAAAUAUUCAAUAUAUGAAAUCAUCAACUUAUCCUUAAGUUGCUCCCUAAUUUAAAAGUGUUUGGAGCAAUUUUUAUUAAAUGGAAAUGGGGGAAGAUGUUUCAGUUGUCCAGGCAAUAUUGUUAUGCGUUAUUGUUUAGUUGUUCUACGGGAUAAUUAAUUAGUGUUGCGAAAACGCCCAGAAAUAUAAAAAGGGUGUUUUUGGCCAUACUAAUGAUUCAGCCUAAUAUUUCCUAGUCAAACUUAGUCUAUACUUUGUGAUCUCAUACGCGAAACACAUUAAUAUAUCGUAGUAUUUAUUUAGGUUCUUUUAUGUGAUGUUUUUGUUACGUUAUUAUUAUAAGUCUUGUGAUCUGAGUGAAUAAAAAAUUAUUACAUCAAAGCUAAAAGCGCGAAACUGAACGAAAGGAGCAUCACUUGGCAUCGUGUUUAAACAAUUAAAAUUUAUAAUAAAACCCAAAUCAGUUACAUUAAGCGAAAUUACAUUCCAUUGUA